AUGGUUUAUCCACAGGCUUCCAAUUUCUGUUUAGCACUUGCUGCCAUCUUUCUUAUGAUAACUCACACACUGGCUUUCUCUGUUGUUGAGCUAGAUACGCGCGCGGAUUCAUCAUGUGCAAGCACAAGCGGCAACAGCAAUACCGACCAAGAUACCAACAACAAAGAUGUCACGAUCAAGUGGACGACCGAAACAGGCUUAAUUUGUACUGAAAAGCAGAAGACUGAGGCUAUUACGGAGUUUCGCUAUGCUAUCCAAAUGGCAAACGCGGCCAAGGCAGACUUUAGCAAGUUCGGCUACGUGCAAGAAUUCUUCGACAAACGCACCAUUGCAAAGUCCGACUGGAAAUCCCACUACACAAAUACAUUGACUCGGAUUACAAGUUUAUUGGAUGGAACUUCAACAUCAAAAGGCGACUAUGUCCUGACUGUCCGAUGUGAUCAAAGUACGGCCAGCACCAAAGGGUGCAAGAAAGGCUUUCCUGCGUUUAUGAAUGAGCAAAGCAGCAAAGAAGGUACACUCACGCUUUGUGACUCAUUCCUCAACCCCCCAAUAGCUGGAACGAAAAUUCAGAAGACCGCCUCUAACCUUGAGCAAUGCAAAAAUGGAGAACUUGAACUUCGUGAAGCUCAGCGCUCGGCGGCAUCAGUCCUCAUUCAUGAGUGUUUACACACUACCUACGCUAUGCUUGGAGACAAACCGGGCCUGGAUUAUGCUUAUGGCUUGAGUGCAUCUUUAGAGCUUCCUAAAGGCACAUUUGAUCGUCGUUGUGGGGACGGGCCUAAGAUGCGUGCGUUGACAGAAAAGAUGCCUUUGUGUGGAGUGGAUCCAACCAACAAACAAGGAGAGGACGGGAUAUGUAAUGCCAAUCUCUGUCUAAGGAACCCGGACUCGUGGUCAUUUGUGGCGACAGGUAUUUGGUUCAGCGAAAAGUGUGGGAAGAUGAUCAAACAGAGUGGAACAAGCCUUGCUCGCAGGACUGUCAAGACAUUCAAGAAAAGGGGAACCUGCAAGGUGAACGAUAAUGCCGCCUGGCCAUUUAAUUGA